AUGUCGUUCACCACCGAGGUUUGGAACGCCAAGCCAAACACCAUCGCGGCGGCAAAGAAGACGACAAUGCCAUCAUCGGCGCUGCCCCGGAAUGGCGAGCUGAGGGAGGAGGAUGACUGGACCAAGGUCAAGGACCCCAAGGAGAAGAAGCGAAUCCAGAACCGAGUGGCACAACGCACAUACCGUCACCGUAUGAAGGCCAGGCUGGGUGAGCUCCAGGCUCGACUCGAGAGCCACGAGGGUCGCCGGCCCAGCGACGGUACCCCCGAGCCUCUUCACACCCCGACUCACUUCACGCCCAAGACCGAAGCCCUACGCAUGGACAGUUCGCCCUCGCCCUCAAUCAUCGAUCAUAGCCACCAGCAGCCUCUCCCCCAGCUGAUGGGCCAGCCAAACCUGUACGAGCAGCCCGUCGAGGACCCGGAGAACUCCAUCUUCCCCCAGCACGCCAUCGUCCACAGCCCCUCGACCUCGCAGGCCUCUCCCACAACCAACGGCCUCCUGUCUCCUCCCGUACAUCCCGAUCAGGCUCAGCAGGGCCAGGACGCCCAGGGCGGCAAGUACUAUGUGGACUGCAUGCGAUUCCAGUCACAGCUGGUCAACAGGCUCAACAACAUCCCACAGGAGGCUUCCUUCCCCGGAGCCUACCCUCACACACCCCAAGUUCAUAACCAAAUGAACCCCGAGCAGAUGAACAUGCCUUAUGCUCCCGCACCCGCCGACGGCAUGGACUUUGCCUUUGACCCCUCCGUCGAGAUGUGGAAGACCGAGACGCCCAUCAAGAUCCAGCACGCUUCCCCCGACAGCGCCUACUACCAGACUCUCACUCCCCCGACCACCUCGACAUCCACAAUGGCUCCUCUGCCCACUCCCCCCAUCCGCGUCCCCGCCAAGGAAGCUCCCCUCGACGAGCGAUUCGAGUGCAUCAUGAACCAGGUCGAGGCCGCCGGAUUCGACAACUUUGACCAGAUGGCCACCGCCUACUACUCGCAGACCUUCAACGGCUCAUCGCCCAUGGCCGACGAGCAGCGCCAGAGCCGCGGCCGCCGCCUCCCGCACGUCAUCUCGGGUGUAUACGGCUCCAGCUCCCAGUGGAGCGAUUGGGAGCGCAAGGGCUUCCAGGAGGAGAUCCUGAAGACGGCCGAGUCCAUGCUCACAGUGGAGGGAGGCGAGGUCGCCCGCCAGCAGCUCGGCAACAACAUCAACGCCCUGUCCGAGGCCAUCGACGCCAACAACGCCGCCGCCUCGUCCGAGGCUCUGCUCAGCUUGAAGCGCGCCGUGCAGGAGCAGGCACCCAACACCUGGUCCAUGUCCAUGGCCAUGGCCCGGGAGAACCGCUCCUCGUGGCAGGCCGACCGCUCCAACACGGCGCUGGCCACGACCCUGCUUCUCAACUAUGCCGGUCGCAUGCCCAACGACCAGCUCCUCCGCCUGGUUGGUGCGUGCCUGUAG